UCCUGAUCUGAUUGGCAAAUCUCAAGCGGUAUGUAUCUAUUCAACAAUUCUUUAAAACUAUGCUCUAGGAUGCUUUGUGAACAUUUCUAUACAACUUUUGUUCUCAUUUGUAUGUUGAUCUCUUGACCACAGUUAAGAUGGAUUUAUGAUAAAUUGAAGAAUCAUAUUGUGAUAAAUGCAAUUAAAAUAUUGCUCUUCAUUUAAUUUUCUAAUAUCUAUCUUCUCUGUAUUAUUGGAUUAUUAUGUUAUUAUUAAUUAUUUUAUUCAUGAUUAUAAUUUAAGGUUGCUAGUCAGUUGCUUCAUUUAUCAUGACAGGUAACUACAUUUUUUAACGUUUGAAAGUUUUAUUCCCUUGCUCCAUUUUUAACCAUGUCAAGAAUAUUGCAUAUUUCUAUGUAUAUAAUGUUUUAAGUACUUUUGUGUUGCCAUAUCCAUGCCAUGUUAUAUCUUAUGGUUUUCAAGAAUCAGCAUAUCAUAUUUGUGUCCUAUAUCUUUGUCUGUAUUUUGUUGGAAAUUCCAAAAUCUAACCUGAGCAAAUAUCAGAAUAGUUAAUGUUGUCAGGCCACCAUUUAUUUUCCUCUUACUGCCUUUUGAAGCCUGAGCAGAAUGAAACAUUUUUAUGGGUGAUUUUCUAGGUUAUAUUAUUUUUGUAUCUGCAAUCCCAAAUAGUUAGGACUUCAUGGCUUUGUUAUUGUAUCUAUGUAUGUCUGUCCUAUAUCUAAUGUACGCUAAGCAUGCCAUAUCAUAUUGGUUCAUUUCUUAUUAAUCUUUAUUUUUACGGUGAAACCAAGAAAAAAUGAGGGAGAAAAGAUGCUAGAUGCCUCCUGUAAAUGCAAAAAAUUAGUUUCAAUAAUCCAUUGAUUCCUAAUGUAAGAAUGGAUUUUGUUAAAUUGUUUCCCAUAUGCUUGUGAUAAAUGUACUACUUAUUGAUUUUUUAUCAUGUAAAUUGUAUGGUUCAUUAGCAGAUUAGUAACACUAGUGGUUAUAUCAGAUCUUUCUGCAGAAGGUCCAGUCAACUUUCAAUUUCAGUAUAGUUUUGAUGCCUCAUGCACAUGACAAAAUGCUUAGCAGCCUUGUCCAUAUUGAUUAUGCACAAUUUGUUGAUCCAUUUGUAAUUUACUUCUGAAGAGGUUGAUAGCAUGCAAUUGGUUGUUAUCUUCCAUAUUAAUUUUAUUGCAGGUAAAAGUUUGUGAUAUCUGUGGAGAUGCAGGACAGGAAGAGUUGCUUGCUAUUUGUAGUAGGUGCAGUGAUGGUGCAGAGCAUACUUACUGUAUGCGAAUAAUGUUGGAUAAAGUUCCUGAAGGUGAGUGGCUAUGUGAAGAAUGCCAACUCAAGGAGGCUGAAAAUCAAAUGAUAGGAAAAUCUGAAGCACAAACUGAAGCAAUAGAAGCACCAUCUGUAUAUGAAUAUAAUCAGAUCACUGGGAGCACAUCAAAUAGUUUUCCUUGUGUAGAAAAUAAGGGAGACAAUGCAGAUAUUAGGACAGAUAAUAAAGAACUUGGAAACUCCAAUUCAUUUAAAAGGAAGGGGGAGAAUUUGGAGGUUACCUGUGUUACAAAAGAGAAAAUCUCCGAAGCAUGUGGUGCUUCCACUAAGACAACCAUUCCAAUGAAACCUACUCUGCACUCCCAUGAGAACUCCUCUAACAAACCUGAUUUUGUUAAGGUAAAACCAUCUGCCCUGAUAACAUCAUGUGGUCAGCCAGAAGUUAUCUCUCAACCUGUUCUUCGCUCACAAACUUCUUCGGUUCCUGAUUUGUCCAAGCCACAAGCACAUCUUGAACCAACAAGGGGGCUUCUAUCAAAGUCAGCUUCUUUUAACAACUCAAAAGUGCCAAAAGUGAAACAGUUGGUGGAGAAUAUUCCUCAAAAUAAAAAAAUGACCAGAGAAUUUAAUUCAAGCAGUAUAAGAAAAGAAGGCCCAUUGCGAACGAUUACAAAAUCGGCAUCAUUCAGAAGUGAGAGUUCAGGCUUCUCGAGUGUCAAGACAAUGAGCAAAGUGCAGUCACUUAACCCACCACAGCCUGAUGAUCCUAGAGGUGUGAAACAGCAGAAAGAAAGGAGUGCCGUAGAUCUUAAAGGUUCUAUACCUGGUUCCCGCUUUGUCAGUCCAUCAGCAUCUACCACCAGUAUUUCUCCUCUGAAGGUCGACUCAAAGGUUCAACAAAAUGAUCCCAGACUAAAAAGGACAUCUGAUUCCAGCAAUCUUGGCAACAAUAGAGGAUCAAAUGAUGCAGCUACUUUAGGUUCAUUAGCUAAUGAAGUGAAGAAGCAGCCAUCAUCAUCUUUGUCACAAACUUCUGCAUGUACAUCUUCAAUUAGAUCGUGUAAGAAUGAAGAUCAAAAGCCUUUUCAACUUGUACCCAAGGCUGCAGAACUGACACAUAGAGAUGAUAAAACCAAGGACCACACAUUUUCAAGCAAUUCUAGGCAGGCAGCCUCAGCCAGCAAUCGAUUACCUCGUUGCCAUAGGUGUAAUGAAACAGGUCAUUCAACACAGUUCUGUGCAGUUGACAAACUUCGCAUAUCUGCCAUGAAGCCUUCUUCUGAACGAAGUUUAAGGGAUAUGGAUAACAGAAAUGUGAAGUCGAAAGAUGGCGCUGAGGUGUUGGGUUGGAAACUUGUAACAAAAAGGACUUCUAGAUCACCUGAUCAAUCUGAGGAAGCUUCUUUGUGCAGUGCCGAUGCAAAUUCUGAAUUAACAGCUAAAGAUUUUUCAUCAAGUUCUUUAAAUUUUAGAAACUUGCCAUCCCUGGAAGGUACAUCUGAUGUGCAAAAUUUUAGCAAAGCAACAAAUGCCAUUCAUGCACACCAGAAAGUGGAAAACCAUAAGAAAGCUAUGCUUAUUGCUGGAGAAGGGAUAGCUCUUGACAUUGGAGAUGACUUGAAUCUAAAGAAGCCCAUCAUACAAACCUUGCCCAAUGAAGCUUCCAUUCCAAUGCAUCCAUUAAGAGCUUCAGUAAUUCCGGAGCUCGACUACAUUUGGCAAGGUGCUUUUGAGGUGCUGAGAACUGCCGAGGCUCCUACACUUUUUGAUGGUUUUCAGGCCCACUUGUCUACUUAUGUCUCCCCUAAAGCACUUGAAGUGGCAUCUCAAUUUCCUUGCAAAAUCCAACUGGAGGAAGUACCUCGUCUAAGAUCCUGGCCUUUGCAGUUUCACAUAAACAGUCCUAAAGAUGAUAACAUUGCUCUUUUUUUCUUUGCUAAAGACAUUGAAAGUUAUGGAAAAUACUAUUGGAAGCUGCUGGAAAAUAUGCUAAAAAAUGAUUUAGCCCUCAUAGGGAAUAUUGAUACUGUGGAACUUCUUAUAUUCCCAUCGAACAUGUUACCAGAGAAUUCCCAACGCUGGAACAAGUUAUUUUUUCUUUGGGGUGUAUUUAGAGGAAGACAGAUAAAUAGCUUGGUGGACCUGCCUGGUCUGGAGAAAAAACCUUCUGUUUGCAAUUUGAACUCAAAAACUAUUAUCCAAGAUCUGCCAACCAUUUUUGAUUCUGGACUUUGUUGCUCUCUUCAUGCAACUGAUGAGGAUUCUAAGGAGCUAUCAGAAUCUGACAGAUCACCGAAGGAAAAGCCAUCUAAAUCUGGUGCCUGCACUGAUCCUGUGGUUAUUCCAUCAGGAAACAACAAUGGGAUACACAACACAGAGAAACCUCCUAUUGUCCAGAAGACCUUACGUCAAGUUGUUGCUGAUGAUAAAGUGCUGAGAGAGAAGGCUUCAUGCUUGCUUUCUGAAAAUUGCUCGUUUAAGAACAUUACUUUUCUUCCUAGUACUCCUAUUGCAUAUCCAGAGCCAAAGCUUCAGAUUCCUAGUGUCCCUGUUGCUUAUUCGGAGCCAAAGUUUCAGAUAGAUAUUGAACGAUUGCCUUCGGAAAUCGAAAAUGAUCUCACUAGCCUAGACAAUCUCGCUGGUGAUUCAGAUAGCAGAGAAGUUUUUGUACAUCAUGUUCCUGCUAAUAAUAAAAAAGUCAGUGAUUAUGAAGGCCCCACUUAUUCAGUUUCAUUAAAUUGUGGCCAAGGGAAUGACAGUAAAGUUCAGAAUUUCAAGCAGAAAGAGAACUUCAUUACAAGUGAAUCUAUUUUAAAUAAUCAAUUAUCAGAAAAUGUUGAGGUGGACCGGCUUAGCUGGAAACUAAAGCCUAAUCAGAAACGUGCACAACCCAUCUCAUUUGAAACAAUUAAAAAUUCUUCUGGUUGUAUGUUAAAACGCUCUUCUGAUGUAAUGCUUUGGAAAGAUGAAGCAAGCUGCACAUCUCUGACUGAUGAAAAGGUGCACAAAAAGAUGAGGCUUGAUAGUGGAGGGCAUCUCCCUUGUAUAUCCACGGGAGAAAAUCUAAGCAGUAGCAUAUCCUCAGAGAUGCAACCUUUACUGUCUUGCUUAACAAAUGAUAGCAUCUACUGUGAAAAUGUAUCUGAGAGCUUAAAAAAUGCUGAAAGACACUUCUUCCCAAUUGAUCCAGGUCCUCAAACAAGUACAAAGGCAGACAAUUUAGUAUAUGUCCUUUCAUCGGAUGAUGAAGAUUCACCUGAAUCUAAUGCCCCUGAUCUUGAACUUGGUCUGGGAAGAAAGAAGAGACCAAUAGAGCAGGAUAUCUUUCCUUUGUUAUCUCCAAAGGUUGGAGAAAAGAGUCAUCGAGAUAAGAUGCCCGCUUCUGCAGUGGAUUGUGAUGAUUUAAGAGCUUCGCUUUCACUCUCACUAGCUUUUCCUGCCUCUGAGAAGGCACAAACGGUCAAACCAAUUCCACAAGCAGAGCAGCUUUUGCCUGAUAAGCCCUGUAUUAAUACUUUGCUUCUUUUUGGCGGCUACAAAGAUUCAGAGCAUGGAUAGCUUGUGCUAGCACCAUGGUUGUGUAUAAGAGAAGUCUAACCAGGAUCAGGUAUAAAUUCUUAUUGCAGUACAGUCCUGUACCUGGGAAUCAAGAGGCAUGAUGAUAGCAUGAUGUUCCUGGGAAUCAAGUGACAUUGGUCAUCCUUGAGCCAGCUGGCUCCAUUAGCUUUACUUGUACAUUGCUGACCGAAAUGUGGUUAGUUUACUGCUGCCCACUUCCCCUUCCUGAUGCUGAACAAUGAUUUGGAGCCUACCUGACAGCAUUGGACAAUUAUCGCAGGCCAUCAGGGUGCAGCAGAUAAACCUACGAGAUUGAAGUUAAGGCAAAUAUUGUCAUUGUAUCUCGUUUUUUAGUUCUUAGCUAAACUUUCAGAGUUAGGUUUCAAGUUCAGUUCAUACAUGCAGCUGAAGGUAAAUGCCAUCAUGCCCUGUAAUUAGUACAUAGUUUGAAAAACAAGGAGAGGUCAAGAAAAUAAGUCAGGGGAUUGAUGCAUCCACAGUCAUGCCGAAGUAGAAGUAUUUUACAUGCUGGUCUGUUCGGGAAGAUGAAUUUGGGUUCUCAAAGUAUGGUGUACAUGCUGGUCCGAAUUAGCUCUAGUUUUCCUUUUUCUGUUUUUUUAACAAGAGGCAAGUUUUUUUUUUUUUCUGUUUUCUUCUUAAAUGUCCGAUAAGUGUCAGCACCAGAUUAAUGGUCCCGAAUAUGCAAAUAUAUACUGUUUGUUGCUUCUUA